AUGUCUCCUCCCUAUCCCCUUCAUCCCUCCGUCAAAGACCUCCUACAUCCCGAAUACGUCGAUUUCUACAAUCAACAUGUCAUCAAUCUCGAGCAGGUCCAUCGACAACCCGUCGAGGCCUCGCGAACAGACGUCCUGAUCCUUGGCGGUGGUCCGCCUCUCGACGUCGGAAAGACCGAGGACAUUGUCAUUCCACGCCGUCAAACCGACGGUCCAGCCGUUCCCCUGCGCUGUUUUACUCCCCGCGGAGAGAAACCCGCGUCCGGGUGGCCCGUGAUGCUCUAUUUUCACGGAGGUGGCUGGGUCCUGGGCAACAUCAACACCGAGAACCCCGUGUGUACGAAUCUCUGCGUGAGGGGGAACUGCGUCGUCGUCACGGUGGACUACCGACUGGCACCCGAAAACCGUUGGCCCGCCGCCGUCCAUGACUGCUGGGAGGCUCUCCUCUGGCUGAUCUCUGAAGGUCCAGCCAGACUCUCCAUCGAUCCAUCCAAGAUGGCCACAGGGGGCUCCUCGGCCGGGGGUAACCUCGCUGCCAUCAUCACCCACAGGGCCCUCACCCUCUCACCCCCCGUGCACUUCCUCGCCCAGCUACUCUCCGUCCCCGUCACUGAUAACACAGCCACGGUAGACAACAACGAGUCCUACCGGCGAUAUGAGCACACGCCCGCCCUACCGGCCCCCAAGAUGCUCUGGUAUCGCAACCAUUAUCUACCCAACGAGGCGGACCGCACCCACCCCGAGGCCAGUCCGUUGUUCUACCAGGGGGACUGGUCCCAGCUGCCGAGAGCCCUGGUCAUGGUGGGGGAGCUGGACGUCCUGCGCACCGAGGGCGAGCAGUAUGCGGAGAAGUUGAAGAAUACCGGCGUGCCCGUGGAUCUGCAGGUGAUGAAGGGGAUGCCGCAUCCCUUCCUGGCCAUGGAUGGCGUGUUGGAGGAGGGAAAGCGGUCGAUUACGCUGAUGUGCGAUCUCUUGAAGGAGGUGUUUUGGUCCUGA